AUGCACUCUUCCAGAAAUAGCUUCCUUGUUCCCGGCGUUUCUCGCUUUUCUCGUUCUCGUAUUUACGCCAAGAAGGCUCAAUACAAGCGUAAGCAAGCUACUGUUGCUGCUCCCGCCAAGCCUGAAGCUUCUGAUAAGACCGUUGAAGUCAAGGGUGCCAAGAACGGUGGUAAGCGUACCAUUCCUGCCCAAAAGGCGCCUCGUUUCUAUCCCGCUGAAGAUGUUGCCAAGCCCAAGACUAGCCGUAAAGCCGCUCCCAAGACCAGCCUCCGUGCUUCCAUCACUCCCGGUACCGUUGUCAUCCUUCUCGCCGGUCGCUACCGUGGAAAGCGUGUUGUCGUCUUGAAGCAACUCGAAUCUGGUCUCUUGCUCGUUACUGGUCCCUUCAAGGUCAAUGGUGUUCCUUUGAGACGUGUGAAUCAAGCUUAUGUCAUUGCUACCUCUGCCAAGCUUGAUAUCUCCAAUGUCAAGGUGGAUGAAAAGUUCAAUGAUGCUUACUUCAAGAAGCCCGCCAAGGCUGAAAAGGCCUUCCUUGAAGGUGAACAAAAGAAGGCUGCCCUCCCCGAAUCCAAGGCUGCUGACCAAAAGGCUGUUGAUAAGGCUCUCCUUGAAGUCGUUGCCAAGACUCCUUUCAUGCGUCAAUACUUGUCUUCUACCUUUGGUUUGACCAAGGGUCAAUUCCCUCACGACAUGAAGUUCUAA